UUAAUAUAUCUAUAUAUUGAUGUACACUGAACUUAAUGUUAAUCUACUUAAUUUAUUAAAGAACGCAAUGAAACUACAAUUAUAAUUGAAAAUUUUUUAUCAUACACAUUUAAUAACGAAAUUCGAAAAUUCUUGUUUAUAAAUAUUUUUUGUCCUCGGUAUUGUACGAAUCAAAGUAACAUUUAUUAUAGCGCCUCAUGUCAGUUUUCGCAGAGCUACGAAUAGAAUUCUACAGUAAAUUGUAUUGCAAACAGCUGUUUGCAUACGAAAUAUUUGUAAACUUCAUGAGAAACUUUUUUUUAACAUUUUAAUGUGAUUGCUGUUUGUGAAGAAGAAAUCAAAAUGGUAUCUUUAAAACUUUUGUUCGUCUUGGCUGUCAAAUAAAUACAUAUAACCUAAAACUCAUAAAUUUAUAGAAAUUGUAAAAAAAUCAUAGAAAUGGAUGUUGUAACAACAAGUUUAGAAGCCCUAAUACAAAGGGUAACGAAUCCUCAAAAUCAAAAACCUGAUAUAGCUGCAAUUGAAGCAUUUUGCGUAAUGCUUACCAAAGAAUCAGAAGGUAUUCAAAUUGGUACUAAAUUAUUAGCGUUGCAUAUUCAGUCAUCUAAUGAGACAGAAGCACUUCAAGCUCUUGCUUUAUUAGAUACAUGUAUGAGAAGAUGUGGUCCAUCUUUUCACGCAGAAGUUGGAAAAUUUCGUUUUUUAAAUGAAAUGAUUCGUUUAGUUUCACCAAAAUAUUUGGGUGGUAAAACACCAGUCAUAGUACGUCAAAAAGUAUUGCAAUUGUUAAAUAUGUGGACAAAGGAGUAUCCAAAAGAAUUAAAAAUCAAGGAAGCCUAUGAAAUGUUAAAAAAACAAGGUGUUAUCGAAGACGAUUCUAUAUCUAUGAAUAAUGUACAAGAAGAAGGAUUAAAAGUAUUAAAAGCUAAAAACACAAUAUUUGAUGAUGAAGAGAAAUCCAAAUUGUUGCAAAAAUUACUUCAAAGCAAAAAUCCUGAUGACUUACAAGCUGCGAAUAGAUUAAUUAAAACUAUGGUGAGAGAGGAUGAAAGAAGAGUACAAUUAAAUUCACGUAGGAUAAUGGAAUUAGAAUCUGUUCAUAACAAUGCAAAGUUAUUAUCAGAAAUGUUAGAUUCAUAUAAUUAUAAUGAAACUAGUACAGAAGAUCUUGAAUUAAUGAAAGAAUUAUAUCAAGCUUGUGAAAGAUUAAAACCAAUUGUGCUAAGGUUAGCAAAUGAAACUCAAGAUAAUGAAGGAAUGCUUGGUGAUGUACUUGCUGCAAGUGAUGAAUUGGAACAAGUAUUUGAGAAAUAUACUACAAUUAUAGUUCAUGGUAAAUGUAUAAAAUCUAAGACAGAUUCCAACAUCAGUCCGUAUUUAUUAGAUUUAUCCUCUCCAAUGGAGACCAUUCCUGUUAAAAGUGAUGAUGUAAAUGCAAGUUACAAUGCAAUGACAACAAAUCAUCAAUCAGAUAUGGAAGUUUUAGGAGAUAUUUUCAAUUCAUUAGGAAAGUCUGAAAAUUCAGAUAUUUCUUCAGUUUCCAAUACAAAUUUCUUAAUGACUGAUUCAAUUAUGCAGCCGCUUAAUGUUUUACCUAAAAAUAAGAAAGAUGAAUUAAUCAACACAUCUGAAAAGAAAAUUGACAGUAAAGCAAAAGCACUGGAGGAAUUAAACGAAUUGGAUUCUUUGCUUAAACAAAGUUUAUCAGGCAUAGUAUCAAAUUCACGUUUGAAAUCAACAAGUAAACAAAGUAUAAAUCGCCCACCAAAUACCGAACCCUUAGCAGAACGUUAUGUUUCAACGACCUCUCCUCGCAGUGGCAAUUCUUCGUAUUUUUGUGACUUAUCAAAGACUACAAAUAUGAAAAAUGAUAAAGUAUCUGAUAUUCAGUUUAAAUCAAAUGAUAAUUUUCCAUCUUAUAAUGAUACAAAUUCUCAAACUAUUAUCGAAUGUGAUGUAAAUGAAAAAAUAGAUACAAACCAAUGUAAUAAUCGAUUAAGUACAUGGGAUGCUGCUUCAAUAACACCAUCAACAGAAAACUCAAUUAGUCCAGAACCUGAGAUUAAACCAUUGACAGACAUUAAUAUUAAUCUUCAUGAUAUUAAACCAGGUAUUAAUCCACCUAUAACAGUAAUUGAAGAAAAAAAUGGUAUAUCUGUAGUGCUUCAUUUUGCUCGAGAUAAUCCAAGAAAAGAUGUAUUUGUUGUAGUGAUUACAACAAUGAGUAAGAAUUUGAAGCCACUUACUAAUUACUUGUUUCAAGCAGUAGUACCAAAAAGAUGUAAAUGUAGACUUCAGCCACCUUCUGGAACAGAAUUGCCUGGUCAUAAUCCAUUUUUACCUCCAUCUGCAAUUACUCAAAUUAUGUUAAUUGCAAAUCCUACCAAGGAAACGGUAUCGUUAAAAUUUAUGUUAAGUUAUACCAUGGAUGAUGAAACUUUCACAGAAAUGGGUGAAGUAGAAAAAUUGCCUUUAGUUUAAAGUACUUAAAGUGUAAUUAUAAUAUAAAUUAAAUUCAAGAAUUACAGACUCUAAUAGCCAAAAGAAGAAUAUAUUGUUUUUUAAGAUAUGAAUUUUCAAAAGAUAUUGUUUCUUUUACUUUAUUUCUCAGAUUGUAAUUACAGUUUUAUCUUUAUUAUUAUAUUCUGAGAUAAUAUUAAUGUUAUGUAGAUAUUUAUAAGUCAUGUUGUGAUUAUAUAAACGAAAAUAUCAACAAAUCUAUUUUAAGAUCGAAAUACAUGAGAGAACAUAUUAUAAUCGUAUACAAUAAAGAUCAAAAUAAAUAUAAUAAUUGAAAAAUAGAAAAAAAAGAAAGGCACAAACAAACAAAAAAAAAAAUACGGAAAAUACAGAUAGUGUACUAUAAAUUCAAAGUUGAAGUGGAUAUUCUUCAUUAUUAAAAAUGUACAAAUGGGAUAUUUUAUUUAAAAAUUUGAAGAAAUAUAUCAUUCGUUUAGGAAAUAGAAAGUACUUCGUCACGAAAAGCAAGAGCAGUAACUGCUUUUUGAUGACCUUGAUAUUCUCGUUCUACUGCUCCUGUUGAUACAUUCCAUAAUCUUGCAACACCAUCGGACGAAGCUAAAUUGAAUAAAAUGUUAAAAUUGAAUCUAAAACAAAAUAUAAUAAAACGUAAAAAAAAAAUUAUGUUGUUACCGGUAAAUAUAUAUUGUGAAUCUGCGCUAAAUGCAGCAUCCCAAACCCAUCGUUUUGCUUCAUGUUGAAGUACUUGUACUUCAGAAAAAUCCGUAGUUUUCCAAACUCGAGCAGUUUGAUCAGCGGAUGUAGUUACUAAAAGUCUGGAUAAGAAACAUGAUUUUUAUCUUAAUAUUAAAUCAAAUUUUACAUAAUUUUGUUACUUUAUUAUAUAUAAUUAAUAUAUCAUAUUUACGUGGAAUCAGGACUAAAUUUACAUCGAAGCGCAUAACGUUUAUGUGCUGAAAGUUUGUGACGAGGAUUAAGACGCGUAGGCUCGUCACCUACUCCUCCUGUAAGCGUCCAAAUAUAACAAUGACCUUUGUUGUUUACUGCUGCCAUAUAUGUACCGUCUUGAUCAAUUGCAACAUCUUGUACAGAUGCUUCGGCUUCUGGUAUCUUCACAUAAAGAAUAAUUAUUUAAAUAAAUAGAGAUAGAAUUAAAAUUAAUUAAUUGAUGGAUUACUAACAAAACAAAAUAUUUCUAAAUGUACUAAAUGAGUUUAUUUUAUAUAUUUCAUACCAAUUGUUCAUUAUGAUCUGAUCGUAAAUCCCAUAAAUGUAUAACACCACUUUGAUCACCAACAAUAAGUUCUGCUUGAUUUGGAUGCAAACAAACACAAUUGACAGGAGCUGAUACUUGAAAUAUUCGUUGGCAUUGAAAACUACUUGACCUAUAAUAUUAUAUUUAUAAUUGUUUUUUUGUUAUUGUUAUUAUUAUCGAUAUUAUUUUUAUAUUUUUAUGCAAAGAAAUUAGUACGGUAUUUAAAUUGUAUUUGUAUUUGCCUGAGAUCCCAAAUCCGAGCUGAACAGUCUUCACCACCUGUAUACAUCCAUUUACCCUCUUCCUACAUAUAAUAAAAUAUUUUAAUAAUCUUAUUAUUAUACAAUUAUCGUCUUGAAGAUAGUUUUACAAUUAAAAAAUAAUGUACUAUUGAUAUCAACAGAAUAUAAUUAUAAAAUACCUGAAAA